AUGAAGUUGAACAUCUCCUACCCGGCCAAUGGGUCGCAGAAACUUUUCGACAUUGAGGAUGACCGCAAGGUGCGCGUCUUCAUGGAGAAGCGAAUGGGCAACGAGGUUCCAGGCGACAGUCUCGGGGAUGAAUGGAAGGGCUACAUCUUCCGCAUCACCGGCGGUAAUGACAAGCAAGGCUUUCCCAUGAAGCAGGGUGUCAUGCUCCCGACUCGUGUCAAACUCCUCCUUUCCGAAGGCCACUCCUGCUACCGACCUCGACGUGACGGUGAGCGCAAGCGCAAGUCCGUCCGUGGUUGCAUCGUCGGUCCCGAUCUAGCCGUCCUGGCCCUGUCCAUUGUCAAGCAAGGCGAUGGCGAGAUCCCAGGUCUUACAGACGUUGUCAACCCCAAGCGACUUGGUCCCAAGCGAGCCACUAAGAUCCGAAGAUUCUUCGGCUUGACCAAGCAAGAUGAUGUUCGCAAGUUCGUCAUCCGCCGUGAAGUGGUCCCCAAGAAGGAAGGUGCCAAACCUUACACCAAGGCCCCAAAGAUCCAGAGACUCGUCACCCCUCAACGAAUGCAACACAAGAGACACCGAAUCGCACUCAAGAGAAGACGUGCUGAGGCCGCCAAGGAUGCUGCCAACGAGUAUGCUCAAUUGUUGGCAAAGCGUGUGCACGAGGAGCGUGACAAGAGAACCGAGCUGAGGAAGAGACGUGCUUCUUCGUUGAGGAAGUAA